GCCGCAGCAACUCUGGGCCAGGCCGGAGCUGCGCGGAGCGGCAGGGGCACUCUUCCAAGGUAAUGAUUAAGCUGAGCGUCUGGCAAGGGCACAGGCAGCAGAGCCGGGAAGGUGAGCCCUGUUCACACCUCGGCCAGGCUGUGGUGGCCAGGACUGGUUUGGAAGGCAGGGCCCCGGGGCACGGGGGCCCAGAGCCGACAGCCACAGCCUCCCCCUGCACACGGGCAUCCAGGAGCAUCUCAGGCCGGAGCUUCUGCUGCCUGCCCUACUAGGACCCUGCCCUCGACCCUGGCACCAUGAAGCUACAGAUGUUCUGGACUGGGCUGGAAUACACCUGCCGGCUCCUGGGCAUCACCACUGCUGCAGUGUUGAUCGGCGUGGGCACUGAGACCUUCCUCCAGGGACGAUUCAAAAGCCUGGCUUUCUAUUUGCUGUUUAUAGGAGCUGUCAUCUCUGUGUGUGAAGGGGCCUACUUUGUGGCUCAGCUGCUGACCAUCUGCUUCCAGUGUCGGCCAGCGUCCCUGGCCUACAAAGCAAGGGAGAAAGCCCGCUGGUUGGGCUGCUUCCAGAAGUUCCUGGCAUACAUGCUGUUGUCUGUGGCCUGCUUUCUCCACCCGGUCCUGGUCUGGCACGUGACCAUCCCAGGCUCCAUGCUCAUCAUCACUGGCCUGGCCUACUUCCUGCUGAGCAAGCGGAAGAAGAGCAAGGCCAAGCCCGAGGCGCCCGCUCCCCCAGAGCAGUACACGGACCCCUCCGGCAGUGCCGUGAGCACCACUGGCUCUGGGGACACCGAGCAAACGUACACCUUCCACGGGGCCUUCAAGGAGGGGACCGGCUCCCUCUUCAUCCACAUGAAGAGCAUCCUGAAGGGGACCAAGAGGCCCGGUGCCCUCCAGUGCCCGGACACCCUGACCGAGCUGACCCUGGAGCCAGCCGACUCGCUGGUCAAGAAGAAGCAGGUGCACUUCGAAGACAGUAUGGUCAGAAUCAUCCCGUCUCUCACCGAAGACCUGGACGCGGGGGACAGCGAGCCAGAGGAGACCACCUCUGACACCACCCCCAUCAUCCCUCCCCCGCAGGCCCCUACCUUCCUGUCCUCUCUCACAGACGCCAGCCUGUUCUGAGCCGCAGGCUCCAGCCUAGGGGACACUCAGCAAGGGGUCUGCAUAGAUCGAUGGCCCUGCCUGGAGUUUCCUGACAUCUGAGGGCCCCCCUCCCAGGGGGCUUGGGGUCUUCACAGGUUAGUGCUUCAAGGGGUGACCAGACAUCCCCGUGGUAGCUGGGCUUCUGGGACCAUCACGUGGCAUGGCAGAUCCUGGAGACGCCUCUGGCAAGGCACAGAUGAAGCUCGUGCUGUCUCAAGCCAAUAGAAGCUCCUCCUUCCUGGCCAGGGGGUGGGGAAGUCCCCGUGCUUUCCCCAAGAGAGACCAUCGGCCCCAUUUCACACAAGGCUGCUCCAGCCCCAAGAGCCAAUGAGCUUCUCUUGCUCCUGACACGGGGCCCAGCAAGGCCUCUUUGUCCAUCUCGCGUCAGAUGCCGCAAUCCAGCUCUGAAGGCCCAAGGAUGCGUGGGCUAUUUAAGCAUCUCAAAGGCAGGUGUGAAGGCAGCCAUAGACCCCAAGCCCCAGCCGAGCUGGCUCAGGAUGUGCAGGGAAGGCACGGCUGCAGGCCUUCAGGAGGGGGGCAGCUCGAGCAGUGGGCCGCAUUCUCUGCGUGCUCUGGGGCUGGCCCUGUGCCGCCGGAGCUGCACAGCCGCUCGGGGACACAAUGCCACACUGUGCUCCCUGCAGGGGAAACCAGGCCGGAUGAGUGAGGCUCAUUCCAGAAGCAUCACUGAGGACUCCCUGCCUCCCCACCACAUAAACUUUCCGGAGAUUCCAAGGAGAUGAGGUAAACUGAAAGGUCCUGAAAGCCGACGACAAUCCGGCGGUGGAGCCUGCAGCACAGGACACAGUACCUCCGGCAGGCAGGGACCACGGGGGUGGUGCCCUGGAGACACUCAGCACAGAGAGGUGGCCCCGCCACGCGUGGGUGCGGGUGCGUGGUGGCAGAAUAGGUGACAAAUGCACAUUUGUUUAAAAUGUAAGGGGGGGAAGAGGAAGGAAAGAGGGGGGAGAUAGGAGAGGGGGCGGGCAGGCUAGCCCUCUGCCCCUGGGCUGUGGAAGUGACAGUCCGCUUAGAAUGAAGGAAGAAAUUCGAAUCAGACCUUCCCUAAAGGAAUUUCACCGUGGUAUUUGUUUCUAAAGAGCGUCCUCUGGUCUGUGGGAUUGUGGCAAGGAGGAGCAGACCCGUUACUCUUGGGAAGCAAGCUCGAUGAAUGGGCAAGCUCAAAAAAAUAGUUACACCGUUGACCAGUUUGUGCCACAGCAACUCCUCCAGCACGCACUCUAGGUUCUGGGUAAGAAACACGUGUUCCUUCCACAUCCCCUGGGAGUUACACGGCAAAUGUGUGGGAAUACAGCCGGUCCGGUCAUCACUUUGGUGCCAGAAUCCCAUAGGUGUCGCAAACGAGCAGCCCUCUUCCUGCACGAACCCGGGUCUCCUGUAAAACCAAGUGAGAAAAAAACAAAGAAAUAUGUUCCCAUGAACCCUCGAUGCCGGAAGCAGCAGAGCUGUUUAGCUGCCACCAAAGAAGAGCUUCGGGGUCCCAGGGUCCACGGGGGAGAGUGAAGAACAUUGGUAGACGGGGACGGCCCCCAGCUCCUACCCGGCCAGGUGUCCCAGGCAGGACCCCGGUGCACAGAAGGAGCCCACGCGGAGAGGGGGCAGGGCUCUUGCAUCCGUCACACGUGGAGGGGGACGUGAUGGGCACAGACACCCUCACAGCAUAGGCGUGGCGGGCUUCUGGGGAACCCCAAAACUUCUGCUCUGUUCUCAGAACCCAAGCCAGUAGAGUGGAAUGGAUGCCCAGGUCGCAAGAAGCCAACCCCGAAGUGUGAUGUCAGAGUGUCAGAUUUCUAAUAAACUUCUGUAAACCCAA